CUAGAGAGGGCUCCACAUUUGUAUGUUGACAUCCGUUGGCUCGUCUUGAUCUUGAUGUUUCCCUAAACGAGUAUCGAACGAGUAGGUAUAUCGUGAAGUUUACAAACCCUCCCUUUGCCCUGACAGAACAAGCCUCUCAACCCUGCGAUUGCUAUUCUCCGCACAAUCUCGAUCGACCAUGGUUAUUAGCUUCUCAUUCCUGCUCUGAUUUCAUCGCAAUUUUCCUUUUACAUAUAUCUCGAGUUUAUUUUGGUCGGGGCCAUGGCUGUAUUCGCCCCUCCAUCACCAGUAGCCUGAAUUUGCCUUUUGUUCCACGCGCCGAGGUAAUUACAUCUCACACAAAGCAAAACAGAAACGCGUAGUUUGCAGUAAUAAACCCUUACUCACUUUUUUUCUUCGAGUAAAAAUGGCUGACGACAAGCGUGAUCUUCUACAAGAAAUCCGGAACAACAGAGAUGGUCGCAAUAGUUUGCUAGAUCCCUCUGGAUUGCUGGUGGACUCCUUUGAUAUGGAGACUAAAGAUUUUCCUGGGUCCGAAAAUGUUAUCCCCCUGUCUCCCCAGUGGUUGCAUCCAAAGACUGCUGAGAGCAAGUUUCAGGAAGCCCGAACUCCAAACAGCUUGAAUCAGAGUGGAAGCUCUGAUGCCAAUCUAAAAGAGCAUUGGCGAGGAGACGGACCCCUUGAUAAGAAAGAUUGGAGGCGAACUACCACUGUCGAAAAUGAUGGUGGGCGCCGUUGGCGCGAAGAGGAGAGAGAAAGUAGUGCAGUGGCCAGAAGAGAUCGUAGAAAGGAUGGUGAUAGAGAAACUGAAAUGUGGAAAAAUGAUCGUCGAUCUGAAAAUUCUUCACUGAGGGAAGCAGCAGAAAGUAAAAAUUUAUCAGACCGGUGGCAAGAUGCUGGCAGUCGCGACAAAAAAUGGUCUACAGUGUGGGGACCCGAAGAUAAUGAAAAAGAUGUGCGCCGAGAGAAACGUGGUGAGACGGACAAGGAAGAUGGUCAUGAUAGACAGGCUUCUUUUUCCACCAGUCGCCUAGUUAGUGAUCGUGACUCAGAGAAGGUACCUGCCUGGAAACCUCGAUUCCGUUUGGAUAACUCGCGUGAUAACUCGCGCAAAAGUUCAGGAGGGAGAGGUUCUGGAUUUGUAUUUGGUAGAGGUCGUUCAAACUCCAGUGCUAGUAAUCUACCCGUGAAAUCUCCCAUUGGUGCUUCUAUAGUGACAGAUGGCUUUUGCUAUCCACGAGGCAAACUCCUUGACAUAUACAGGGACCUUAAAGUAUUUUCACCCUCCCUUGGUAUUCCCAAUGGAUUUGUUGAAGUUUCUGGGAUAACAUCAUCUGAUCAUGUUGAGCCAUUAGCGUUUAUUCCACCUGAAACAGAAGAGCAGGCUAUUUUGGAUGAUAUUCGCAAGGGAAAAAUCACAAGCUGUGAAGCAGUUUCUGGUAGAUCUAGCAAUAUAAUUGGCAGGGACUAUCGUGGGGGCAAUGGGUUACCGGAGGAUAUAUUGGUUGAUAGCAACAAGCAAGCCUCUUUUGAUUGUGCUGCAGAUCCUCAGGUUGUUACUGAUUCGCUGUUAAAGUUGUGCCAAGUUGAGCUUCCUGACUUAGAUGAGUCGGAACUUACAGAUUCAGUUAUUUCUAAAGAGACAAGAGAAGAUUUCAGAGGAGCAGAUAAAGUUUUCAGUUUGCAUGACAGCGGGGUCGAAACAUUUGUGUCAGAAACAUCUUCUCAUGAAGUUGGAGCUGCAAAAUCAAAUGAAGAAACAUCUGAAUACCCUUCUGUUGGGGAAAGCAAAAGAGCAGAUGUUAAUCAUACAAGAUUAGAAAGCAAAGGCAGAAAAGGGCCUGAAAAUGUUUCAAAUCUUUCUUCAGGGACUUUUUCAAUUGAGGAAACACCUGUGAGAGAUAUUCAUUUAACUUCAGAGAGAGUUAGUCUACCGGUUGAUGCAAGUGGGCUUUUUGAUGACAAAGUAUUUGAUGGAUGUGAUUUGGAGGAGGAAGAGCUCAAAAAGAAGGAUAUUAGUUUAGGAGAACAAGGUUUAUCUCCAGAGGAGCUAACUCUUUUUUAUAAGGAUCCUCAAGGAGAAAUUCAGGGACCUUUUCUAGGCAUAGACAUAAUUUCAUGGUUUGAGCAAGGUUUUUUUGGUACAGAUUUACUGGUGUGUUUUGCUGAUGCUUCUGAAGGAACACCAUUUCAGGCCCUUGGAGAGGUUAUGCCACACUUGAGACAAAAAACCCGUGCAGUUGAUGGUUUUGGUUCUAUGAAGGAUUCAGGAAACUCAAAUAAAAUGUCUUUGAGAAGUGGGCAAGGUGUCUCAUCUUCAGAAGUUGGGUUUGAUAAUGCUAACAAGAACCCAGUUUUUAAUUAUAACCAGGACAAAUUGUUAUCCAGUUUUUCAGGGCAGUCUAAUUUUCCAGAACAGGAUGCUACUGUUUUGGGUGGAUAUAUUCCUGACACUCUGAAAAGCAACUUACACAAUAUAUUUGAUCUAGAAAAACAGUCCCAUUUGGCAUCUGCAAUGGAGGGCAGAGAGGGAAGUUUAGCGAGAAUGACACGACAUGGUGGUGGAAGCGUUGUUGGAGAACCUAUUUCAAAUAUUGAGACGCACAGGGUGCCUGCCUUCCCCCGGAAUGAGGCAAAUGAUAAGCAGCUUUCUAUGCAAUCUGUAGCAGAAGCUCUUGGUUCAAUUUGGUCUGGACAGGAGGAUGAUCAGUUUCUUAAUUUAAGAGCUGGUUUUUCAGAUUCAAUGGUCAGUAGUUCUGUUACUGGCAAUGCAAUUCCCAUGACACCAAAAGUGCAAUCUUUUACUAACAAUCAGCGACAGGACUUAUUUCGUUCUUCUAAGGAACCGUCAUUUAGUGUUAGCUCUUAUGUUCCAACUGAUAGGGCUUGGUCUGAGAUGUUGCAGAGGGAUGCACAUCAUUUGCCACAAUUUGAUCAGAAUAUGCAACAGAUGGAACAAGCUGAGCUUUUAUUUCAUCACCACUUACAACAGGAACAGCAGCAACAUCAAAAGCAUCAGGGGCUGUCACCAGGACAGCUUCAAUUGCAACCAGGAGUGGCGUUGCACAAUCAAAUUGCAAAUUCAGGUUUAGGACACAGCAUUGAAAAUAUACUAUUGCAGCACCCAUCAGUGCUGCAACCAUCUUUGCUUCCAUCACAUAAGCAGCUUGUUGGCCCUACACUGCCUCAAUCUGCAAUGGCAUUGGAUCCAAUCUCUAGGCUUCAGCUCCAACAGCUUCAGCAACAAGCCCAUAACCCUGUACAAAUGCAGCCACAGCAGCAGCUGCUUCAGCAGCAACAUCACACCCAUGCACAACUACCACAUCCUCAUAUGUUUUUGCAGCAUCAACGACAAUCUCAUCAGACAUCCUCAGAUCAUUUACUUUCUCAGAUAUAUGAUCCCAGCUAUGAACAAAAUCACAUUCAUCCAUCUCAAAGUGGUUUAAUUGAUCAACUUCUAUUACGACAGGAAGGCCUGAGGCCUGACUCCCAGCUGCAUCAGCAGUCUGUGCUUAGACCAAAUAUUACAAUGGAAAGAAACCUUUCACUGGAGCAACUUUUUCAUCAGAGAAGACAGGAGUUACAAUCUCACCAACUUUCUUUGGCAUCCCAACGACAAUAUAUGGAUGAAAGACGUGUUAGUGGAGUUUGGGCUGUUGAUGAGUCUGGUGAAUUUGUGCAGACACAAGCAUCUAAUCUGCAACCCUUUGAUCUACACCAACCACAUCAGCGGAUGUUGAGCACACAACAGCAACAUUCACAAUUUCCAAAUUUUCAACCUUCACAUUCUUUAGCAUUGAAUGCAGAUACAAAAUCCAAUUAUCCAUUUGAGCGGGUUGAACAUCAUGAGCGUUCUGUUGAUGGUAGAUUGCAUGGUAUGCUUGAUCCCAACUUCUUAUCAUUUGAAAGGCCAACAGAUUUGUCUGUAAUGAACAUGGAUUUUGCACACUCUCUCAAGCAACAACUUCAAGAAUUAAGAAUGCAAGAACGGUUGUAUGGUACAUCCCUGGCGGGACAGGAUGAACAAUUUCUGUCCAAAAAUAAUCUCAACAAUUCUCGAUCUCUUCCAAUGCAUUUUCAAGCCUUACAACCAGAGGCGACAAGUAGAGGCUGGGAGCAACCCUCUAACACACAUGCUUCUGAUGUUGCCUUUCAGGGAACUGGUUAUUUUAUGCAACAAGGACAGGCUUUAGAUUUUAAUAUUGAGAAUCAAGGUCAUAAGUUGCAGCUAGGAAGUGCAAACUGGCAAUCCAAGGAAGGCUCUAAGGAGAACCAUUCUAUAAGGUCCUUUACUAAUUCACACAAUGCCAAUUUACAUAGAGGACAGUUACAGGAUGAUUCUUUUCUUCAACAGUUUUCUCUUCAUUCUGGGUCCACAUCUCUAGUUCCUGGAAAUGGGAUUUCUAAUGAUCCAGAGCAAAGACAGCGCGUUUUGUCUGAGGUUGAUUCAACAGAUAUGUCUGGUCCUGUUUUUGAUUCCGCAUAUAGAAUUUCGGGUCAACUCUCCAAAAAUUAUACAACUGAAGAGGUGUCUGAGGUUCUCAAAGAUUUGGCUAUAGAUGGUAUUAGUCCCACUCAAUCCCAAGCGACGUUUACUCCCACAGGUAUGGGUUAUAUGAUGCAGUCCAAAUCACUUUAUGAAACCCAUGAAGAGAGGGUUGGUGGCAAAGAGGCAUCGGAUGGAUCUAAUUAUGCUGCCUGUAAGUCAUCAUCUGAGAUGCAGAUGUGUGUUGCUACACCUGUAUAUGGUGGAUAUGAUCAAAUGUCUUUGGAUGAAUUUGUCAAAAAAGAACCAUUUCAUUCAUCAAAUGUUGAUGAGCUGGAUUUGUCUUUGCCACACUCUGAUUCUGUUGCCCAAUCUGCACAGGAUGACAAUGACAUUUCUGAGCUCAAAGGAUCGAAGAAACACAAAAAAAGGAGUUCUAAAGUUAGAGGUGCAAACAAGACAAACACAGUUGCUGCUUCAGACACUUCUUCAUUGCCAAAUGUACAAGACUUGCCAGCAUGGAUUACAGGUCUAAGUAAACAUAUGGGGUCGGUGCAUUCUGGUAUAGACUCUUCAUCUUUUUUAAACUCAUCAGAUGUUUCUCAUAAAGUUGGCCAAUCAAGCUUUGAAAGAAACAGUGUUGAUGGGAGAAUGACAUUCAACAAUGAUGGUGAACAAGCACCAAAUAAUGAGUGGAAAGAUUCCAAAUCUUCAGGGAAGGCUUCUGGAUCUCUAGAUUUUGCCACUGCUUCUUUGCUUAAGGCAAAGGGAAAUUCACAGACUAUCAAUAAAGCAUCAGAUGAAGCCAGAGAAUGUACCAUGGAAAAUGUGAGCAGUAAUCCUGCAGUGAAGCAUUCCCAAGGUGCUGCUUUUCAACGAAAAGAAAAUUUACAAAUUGCUAGUCUUCAUAAAAGUCCAUCUUCCAAUGAUACUGAAAUGAGGAUUGAAGGAGAAAAGUCCUUUCUAAACACAUUGAAGAGCUCUAAGAAACUGGAACAAGAUAGAGAGAAGAACAAAGAUGAUUACUGUUCUGUUUUAGAUUCAGAUGGCCAAGGACCCAAAGGCAUGAAAAAGAAAGGAAAGAAAGGAAGGCAGAUAGACCCUUCUUUGCUUGGUUUCAAGGUUACAAGCAAUCGCAUUAUGAUGGGGGAAAUUCAUCGUUUGGAUGACUGACUUUCUCAUUUUAUCUCUGUUACUUUCACUGUUCUUCUGAAGCUGAGUGGAUGUUGCAGAUUGUUGGGAGGUUGAAUGACAUGGACAAAUUUGUCGCUGCUUGUGAUGAAGAUAAUAUUUUUUAUCUGAAUAAUUGUUAUAACCAUUAGAUCCGCUCCCGUGUAUAUUUUGCACAUUUCAUUAAGCAUAAUUGGAGAAGACUGAAAAUGUAUGCACGCUCUAAGCCGUCUUCCUACAUUUGUAUGUUGAACUUUGUGGCAAAUGACCACAGGUUUAUAAGUUUCAAUGAUGUGAAGGUUCGUCAAUCUGAGGUGUAUUAACAGAUUGUUUAAGAUGCAUUCAAACAAUUCAAAUAUUGUACGAAAGUACACACAUUAUCUUAAUGAACAAUAACACUGAUAAUUCUGUUUAGCUU